CUCAUAACUACUAACUUAUAUUUUUAUUACUAGUUAUCCAGUUUAUUAAUAGCAUCCAAAAUGUCUGAUGAAGAAGUUCAAACAAAGAAAGGCCGCAAGGCAGCAGUAGAAGCCACCAAACGCUCAAAGAAGGAUGCCAAAGCUGAGGUAGAAGAUGCACCACCAGUAAAGAGAGGAAGGGGAAGGCCAAAGGGUACUGCCAAGAAACCCGAAAAGAAGGAAACGAAAGCAAAAGCUAAUGGAGUAAGUAGCAGGCGUGGCAGAAAGAAGAAGGAAGAAAAAGAAGAAUCAGCAGAAGAAGAGAAUGGAGACAAAAGCAGUGAAAACGAAGAGGAAGAAGAUGACGAAUAAAUAAAAACUCCAGAUCUCUUUUGCU